AUGGCGGCGGACGGGCGGCGGGACGACGAGGAGCUGCCGGUGUACCUGGCGCGGCCCGGCCCGGCGGCGGUGCCUCGCCAGAAGCGCGGGGGGCUCUUCUGCAGCGUCGAGGGCGCCUUCGAGAGCAAGACCCUCGACUUCGGGGCACUGCGCGUUGGGCAGCGCCGCGCCCCGCCGCCCGCCCGCCCCGGCCCCGGCCCCGGCCCCGACCCCGACCCCGACCCUCCGCCCGGCGCCGUCCCUGGCCCCGGUCCGACCACUGACGACCUCCGCGCCGCCUCCGGCGCAGAGCGGCUCCAGGACCCCGUCCCCGCGGACGACAGGAGUGAUCGUCUCCUGAUUAAAGGAGGGCGAAUAGUCAAUGAUGACCAGUCAUUCUAUGCUGACAUUUACAUGGAGGAUGGCCUCAUAAAGCAGAUCGGAGACAACCUGAUUGUUCCUGGAGGGGUCAAAACCAUAGAAGCCAAUGGGAAGAUGGUGAUCCCUGGAGGAAUUGAUGUCCACACUCGCCUGCAGAUGUCAUACAAGGGAAUGACUGCUGUGGAUGAUUUCUUCCAAGGAACAAAAGCAGCUCUGGCUGGUGGAACCACCAUGAUUAUGGAUCAUGUGGUGCCAGAGCCCGAGGCGAGCCUGGCCGAGGCGCUGGAGCGCUGGCGGGAGUGGGCUGAUGGCAAAGCCUGCUGCGACUACGCCCUGCACGUGGACAUCCCGCGCUGGAGCGACCGCGUCCGGCAGGAGCUGCACACCAUGGUCCAGGACAAAGGUGUUAACUCCUUCAUGGUGUACAUGGCCUACAAGGAUUUGUACCAGAUGUCCAACACUGAGCUUUAUGAGAUAUUCAGCUGCCUGGCAGAGCUGGGUGCCAUAGCUCAAGUUCAUGCAGAAAAUGGGGAUAUAAUUGCACAGGAACAAGCCAGGAUGUUGGAGAUGGGAAUAACAGGCCCUGAAGGCCAUGUGCUGAGCAGACCUGAGGAGCUGGAAGCAGAAGCUGUCUUCCGGGCCAUCACUAUUGCCAGCCAGACCAACUGUCCUCUCUACGUGACUAAAGUGAUGAGUAAAAGCGCUGCUGAUCUCAUCUCACAAGCCCGAAAAAAAGGCAUUGUGGUGUUUGGUGAGCCUAUCACAGCUAGUCUGGGGACUGACGGAACACACUACUGGAGCAAGAACUGGGCAAAGGCUGCGGCAUUUGUGGUCUCUCCGCCACUGAGCCCAGACCCAACCACCCCUGACUACCUUAACUCCCUCCUGGCCAGUGGUGAUCUGCAGGUGUCGGGGAGUGCUCACUGUACCUUCAGCACCGCGCAGAAAGCCAUUGGAAAAGACAACUUCACAGCGAUCCCAGAAGGAACCAAUGGCAUAGAGGAGCGAAUGUCUGUCAUCUGGGACAAGGCAGUGGCCACUGGAAAGAUGGAUGAAAACCAGUUUGUGGCUGUGACGAGCACUAACGCUGCCAAAAUCUUCAACCUAUAUCCUCGAAAAGGGAGAAUAGCAGUGGGCUCGGACAGCGAUCUGGUUAUAUGGGAUCCUGAUGCAGUAAAGAUCAUCACAGCAAAAACCCAUCAGUCUGUGGCUGAAUACAACAUCUUUGAGGGGAUGGAGCUCCGUGGGGCCCCACUGGUUGUCAUAUGCCAGGGGAAGAUCAUGCUGGAGGAUGGCAACCUGCAUGUGACCCAGGGGACUGGACGGUUCCUGCCCAGCAGCCCUUUCCCUGACUAUGUCUACAAGCGCAUCAAAGCCAGGAGGAAGAUGGCAGAGAUGCAUGCUGUGCCCCGGGGCUUGUAUGAUGGACCCGUGUUUGACCUGACCACCACCCCCAAGGGGAGCACCCCUGCGGGGUCAACAAGAGGGUCCCCCACCCGUCAGACACCACCCAUCAGGAAUCUCCAUCAGUCUGGAUUCAGCCUGUCAGGUACCCAGGUUGACGAAGGCAUGCGUUCAGCAAGCAAGCGCAUUGUGGCACCCCCAGGAGGCCGCUCCAACAUCACCUCCCUGAGCUAA